UACGAUUUGAAGAGAGAGAAAAUAUACGAUUUGAAGAGAGAGAAAGUAAAUGAAGAACAACACCACAUAGGGUUAGCAGAGAGCGAUAAACCCCUGUAAACAGGCGCCGAUCAAGCACCGCCGAUACACACUAAUCUGGAAAAAUGGCGACUGGUCUCUUAGCGAGAAGAGCACAAUCCACGAUCGGAGAAACUUCCGCCCUAUUUAGAAGCUCAUUCACCAGCUUCCUACGCAAUCUCAGCACCGCCGCACCAAUCAACAAUUCCGCCGCCGAUAGCGCCGCCGCGGACGGCGGCGAAGUUCAGAAGCCGAAGCGGAAGAAGAAGAAGAACCUGUUCGAGGUGGCUCAAUUUUUGCCCAACUGGGGGAUUGGAUAUCACAUGGCGAAAACUCACUGGACCGGUGUCUCUUAUGAGAUAACUAAGAUCAAUCUCUACAAAGAUGGGAGGCAUGGGAAGGCUUGGGGCCUUGUUCAUAAAGAUGGUGCUGUAGCUGCAGAUGCACCGAAGAAAAUAAGCGGGGUCCACAAGCGUUGCUGGAAAUACAUUCCCAACACGAAAAAAACAGAAGCAAAUGCAUCUAAGCAAGAAUUGCAAACUGCGUGAGCCUUUUUUUACUUAAUUUAUUCGGGAGGGACGAGUAAAAUUGCAAAUAUUUUAUGGGAUAUAUUAUUGAGAUGCAAUAUUAGUGUGUUGUAAGAGAAUAGAUUGUUUUUUUUUACCAUGCAAAAAUUUUCAGAUCCCAAUUCUGAAUCUGGUCCACUGGUUUUUGAUGGUUUGAUCCUUAAUAAUAAGACAUCAAUAUUUUGUUUUUUUACGCCGUUGUAUGUCGGCAC